UGAGAACACACGUAGAUGAGUGCUUGCUGAUACUUUAUGGUUGGUUAAAAGAUUGCUCCUGGUGCUUUUGUGGCUUUGUUUCCUUAAUUAUGAUAACAGAAAUUUGAUUUUUUUUCUAAGUGAGGAACUCAAACAGAAUUGUGCACAUUUAUGAUAAAACUUUAUGAAAAAGAAUGUACCACCGCACAACGUUCGCACACUAGUGCUGGCAAUGCCACGUAUUUGUAUCCGUUUCCAGUUGCUGGAGUAGAAUUCGUAGUAUGGCCGGGCAGUCAUUAAUUGUUCCGACUGGUGAACAUUACGUUUAUUACCGUAAAGUGCGAACACAAUGUUGCAUGUGACAGGCGUUUGUGAGUGCAUAUAUCUAUAAAGAACCUACUUGGUGCAAAAUUUUUAACGUAUUGUCUGUCACCGAUGAAACCAAUAAGUUGGAACACAAUACCGUUUGCUAGCUCGUAUUAUUAAAUUAAAGCCACGUUCAAUAGAAAGUUUUAACUAUAAUAAUCAUUAUUGUGUAUUACGAAAUAUGUGGUCCACUAUGUGUAUAAAUAAAAACCUGUGCUCGUAGAGUGAGGAGUGAAGGACCAACGGACCGACGGACCGAAGGCAAAUAUUUUUGCAUUAAAGUUAUGAAUUUUUCGUGUUCCGAGUUGUGUGUGUAAAUGUUGUAAACAAAGCGCGUGAGAUAAACAAGAUUUUCUAUAUACACACAUCUAUACAAAAAAGGAUACCACAGGAUAUGAAAAUCCUGGCAUGUUAAUGCAUAAAGUUCAUCCGACUUCAUUGGAGUGUACCAUUUAACAAUGUACAAUAAAUAAAAUAUAUAUGAAGUUGACACAAAUCUGACAGCGAAAAUGUCGUUUGCAGCAGCAAAGAGCAAAAACUAAACCCACAAAAGUAAAUAUUUAACCGAGACAAGAGACAGCAGCCAUUGCAACGAAAUCACUUCCUAUUCUCACUGACAACAAAAACUAAACUUAAGAGCCUAAAUUGCAUUAAAUAAAAUUUGAUUAUUUGCUAAAUUGAUUGAUUGGAAUGCCGCUGGCGCAACUAUUCCAUGCAAGAUGGACGGUGAAAAUCGGAUUAUACUUAAUGUAGGUGGAAUAAGAUAUGAAACUUAUAAAGCUACACUGAAAAAGAUACCUGCCACACGUUUAUCUCGUCUAACUGAAGCACUCGCAAAUUAUGAUCCAGUGCUCAAUGAAUAUUUUUUCGAUCGUCAUCCAGGCGUGUUUACACAGAUACUUAAUUAUUACAGGACUGGCAAAUUACACUACCCAACUGACGUUUGUGGACCACUCUUUGAAGAAGAGCUUGAAUUUUGGGGUCUUGAUUCAAAUCAGGUAGAACCAUGCUGUUGGUCCACCUACAGCAUACAUCGUGACACCCAAAAUACUUUAGCAAUUUUGGAUAAAUUAGAUAUUGAAAAUGAAAAACCAUCGGAAGAGCAAAUAGCGCACUUAUUUGGAUUUGAGGAUGCAUUGAGCAAUGGGCAGUUAAAUUGUUGGCAGCGAAUAAAACCAAAAAUUUGGGCUUUAUUCGAUGAACCAUCAAGUUCAACAGGUGCCAAGAUUGUAGCCAGUAUGUCAGUUUUUUUUAUAUUUGUUUCUGUGAUAUCAUUUUGCCUAAAAACUCACCCGGGUUUUCGAGUAAAUUUUCCCACCAAUACUCCACUAACUACAGAUAAUAUGCCAAAUUUACCUCAGCAUCAAAACAUGCCGCCCAUGUUCGAUUCCGCAAAGAGAAUAAGUGCCGAUAAUAUACCUAAUAUGCCCAAUUUUAAGGUUAUCAAUUAUACACAUACGGCCAAUAUAAGUCUGACACCCCAUGAACAACCCAUAGCAUCAUUAUCAUUAAAAGGUGGAGCAUUUAAUCGUAAACGCCUGAAACGCUAUUUACUCGGUACAAAUGUUAGUAGUAUUAAUCGUUUCAUUGAACAGAAGUUGUUGGGCAGUGACCGGCAUGCCCAUGGCUGGCAUGAAUCGUAUGGCCAACCACACGAGGCAUUCUUUUAUGUUGAACUUGUUUGCAAUGUUUGGUUUUUUGUUGAAGUCAUCAUAAGAAUGAUUGUUUCUCCAAAUAUUUGGCAGUUUAUCAAAUCUCCUGUAAAUAUAAUUGAUUUCACUGCCACACUAAGCUUCUAUACGGAUGUCAUGCAACGUAUGGGUGAAUAUACGGGACUUUUAGAAGCUUUCUCCAUAGUGCGCAUUAUGCGAUUGUUCAAGUUAACUAGGCAUUCGCCUGGCUUACGUAUACUAAUACAUACCUUUAAGGCGUCAGCAAAAGAAUUAACGCUUCUAGUGUUCUUUUUAGUGCUUGGUAUUGUUUUUUUUGCAAGCUUAGCCUACUAUGCUGAAAAAUUACAGGAUAAUCCAGACAACCAAUUUAAGAGCAUACCGUUGGGGCUAUGGUGGGCUAUAGUCACGAUGACCACAGUUGGCUACGGUGAUGUGGCUCCGAAAACUUAUCCAGGCAUGUUUGUUGGCGCACUAUGUGCAUUAGCCGGUGUCCUAACAAUAGCACUACCAGUACCUGUAAUCGUUAGCAACUUUUCAAUGUUUUACUCUCAUACACAAGCGCGUUCCAAAUUACCAAAGAAACGCCGACGAGUACUGCCUGUCGAGCAACCAAGACGAAAACGUGAACACUGUCUUCCACCACGUGGACGUGCAAAUGCCAUCAAACAAACUCCUGCUGCGACCAAUUUAGCAUCAAGCACAUCUGCAAGCACACCUGGGCAACCCACUUUUAAAGACACGUUUGGAAGUGCGAAAAUUGCCGAUUAUCUCAAGGUGCCCCCUAUGCAAAGUUUGCAACCACGCGCCGCAACUACUGGACAUGAUUUUAUGCUGCCUCUGCAACCAAGGUUAUUGGCCCCAUUAGAACGAAAAGAGCAUCAUUCAACGCUCCAUCUAAACAGACAUCACCUAACUACCGAAGGAAAAGAUGUCCAACUCCAUCAAUUCAACGAUAGCAAAUCAACUUUAAAUGUUUCUCCAGCAAUCAUCGUUGCCGCUGCACAAACGACGACUGGAGUGCCUGCCACAAAUGUUGGUUUGAAAACAACACAAAUGAAGACAAUGCACGGAAGUAGUGGAAGUCUCUCGACCCGAGCACAUCCGAACUGCAACAUAACAAUUGCGGUUAAUACUGGUUCAACGCCAGAAAAACUAAAUAUAUCUGACUAUCAACAGCUCUCUCAUCACUACCACCAUCACCAAUCACCGAAAGUAACAUUGCUGCACGACAACGGUGGCAACGGUGGUGAAUGUUAUAUCGAUGGAGAAUAUGAUGAUCAUAAUGGAAGCAGUAAUACAUCUGCGCCUAAUGGAACUGACAUUUAUGGUACAGAUUGUCGCUGAAACCAAAGACAAGAAUGUAAGAUUUAACAUCGCUUUUGACAUUUGUGUUCAUUUCCCUAAAAUUCUAUAAUGAAUUAAUAUUUGCA